GGACAGGGGGCUACACGGUUAUGAUCAUUUGGUGGAAAGACAGCCAGAGUUAUUAGAACGCCUGUUCUAUCGUUAAAAUAUGAGUAUUUUAAUGUCGAGGUAGUGGUGCCACUCUAUCGUUUCUUUCUUUCACAUGAGCUCUAUGGCUGCCUUCUAGUUUCCAAAGAGCCAAACGUUUCAUUUGUUCCCUUUCCUCAUCGGCACUGACUGCGCAUGCGCUAGGAUUCCGCUUGCUUCUGUCCCGAAACAGACGCUAGUGCACCGCAGGCGCCGAAACAGCCAUGGCUGAAGAAAGAAACAACGAAAACACGCCUCCUGCGUUUACCUUCGGCAACGAAGCAACUCCGAGAACAAGCCAGGAAUUCUUCGAGGGACCUUCAUGCACUUCCGACUGUUGCACUACGACUUCUGACGACUUCUUCGAAGACUUGUGGAACGCGUUCAAGUGCCUCAGCUAUUCCGAGGACGUUACGGGCCAUACACAUGUCACUGAAAGCGGAAUCACCAGUUCCCCAUUUAUGGCGUCCGGCAGUAGCGUCAAUCCCGCACAGCCCAGUACAAGCCGCGCAGGCAUCGAGGAAGCAUCGGCCAUUCCGGAUGACAUCGCUAGUAUUUCUAACGAGGCCUUGCGUUACCAGAGGAACACACAGCACAUGCCGACGACUGAUGAGAUUUGCAACGUCGACGGUGUCACUGACAAUGGAAGCCAGCACCUGGGGUCCGUCAGCGGCAUCGAUGAUGCAAGGCCCAGCACAAGUCGCGCUGGCAUAGAGGAAGCAUCAGCCAGUUCAGAAGACGGUGCCACGAAUGCUACUGGAACCGGAGGAAUGGAAGAGCAAGGCUUCUGCGGUGUCAGAGCAAGUGUUCAAUCGUCGGCCAAGAAGUCGAAGCACAAAUGUGAAACAUGUGGUAAAUUUUUUAGAAGGGCUGCCUAUCUAACUGCACACUACCGCACGCAUACCGGCGAAAGACCAUACAAAUGUGAAAUAUGUGCGAAAUCAUUCGCGCGCAGGUCGAUAUUGCGUGAUCAUGAACGGAUUCACACAGGUUUGAAACCCCAUAUCUGCCAAAUAUGUACUAAACCGUUCAAAAACACAACGCAUCUUAAAACUCAUCUCAAGUCACACAGUAACGACAGGCCUUUCGUUUGCGACAUAUGUAAUCGCUCCUUUAAGCACAAAUCGCAUCUCCAAAGACACCGCAAAGGAUUUCACGAGGGCGGAACACCGUAGGAGUAAGAGCAGUGUGGAUUUCGAUCCACAAAGAGAGAAAACAUCGACGCACAUCUCUGCCAAUAUACUGGGCGCUAAUUGUGUGGAUAUUCGUCUAGACAUGCAUUUUAACGAAUUGCACAUCCCGUGACACAUACGGUGGCAGUCUUAACAGUGUGACUAGUGCGCAAGCGCAGUAAAUUGCCCAUGGGUAUUGUAUAUGAACGUGACCAUGCACCCGUGCAGGAAAAAAAUAAGCGCUGACAUUCACCCGCAGGGGUGAUAAACAAACCGGACGCAUCGUGUGGAGAGGCGGGCUUCUUUUGACGAUUAGGACUGCUGAGUGAAAUGCAAGACGUAAAUGAUUCCGCUUGAUUUUCCGAAAUUACGAAAGGAAACGUCGUCUCCAGCAGAAUUUGGGAUGUUUGAAUAUCGAAGUAUAUUGCAGGUCCUGGCUAGAGCGUGUUGUUUGCACAACUAUGUUGUUCGCCAAAGUAGUUUUAGCGAACUCAUUCCUAGACAAACCCUAAUGAGCAGCAAGUUCGUGUUUUGUGUCACUAGAAGGUUGAAACGUUCGCACAGAAUCCUUGGCACCUGGUUUAGUUCUGUGCAAAUGGUCUGACAGUGUACUAGUAAACAAGCUUUACCUUAUCAUCGUUUUAAUUAUUCUGCAGUGUAAAUAGAAGAGAACACCUCACAUUAUGAAACAUUUUCAAAGAAGGCAGUUUUCUUGUCAACUAAAAAAAAUGUCUACCAAAAAUUGACGUCCCUAGGCCUUGCUGCCUCCCAAAGACCACUUUUAUGACAAUAUGUAGACAUAAACAUGCGGACAUUUAUGUCCCUUAUAAAUUGUUCAAUGCACGUAAUGCUUUGGUUCACUCUUUGGCUCUUGUAAUCACAGCGAAGGUUUUUCUUCUUUAUCAUGCCGAUGAGAAAACUGAACCUGAAUUCGACUGAAAUCAUGUGUAGCUUCACAAUAUUUGUUCUACCAAAACGAAUAUUUUAGCUGUUGUUGUAUUAACGUAGAACCUCUGUCACAUUUAUUGUGCAGUUUCUCAUUCAUUCUGAAGCCGUCUCUUCUCCAUUGCACUCCACUCUAUUACAGCUGUAGAAUUUUUAGCCUCAUGUGACAAACGUGUCCCUGUGAGCAAGAUAGCUUUUAGUUAUACUAUUGACACGCGUAGUUCGUAUGUCUUCUUGCUGUAGGCGCGUUUCACCGGAUGCCCUUCUCAUUGCAUGACGCGCCUGCAUGCAUCAGAAGGUGUUCGAAAGUUCGGUCUUAUUUUUGGUAUUGUUCAAUUUUUAUCACCAAAUUUCACGCGCAACGCAAAUACACUUGUGCAUUCUGGAAGGCACGCGAGCACCAGCGAUGCCGCUGGAAUCUUCUACGAAGAAUGCGUGAACAGCCGACGCUUGUUAAUCGUAAAUCUCUUGUUCGACGAUCGAUUCAUGUGCCCGGCACUAUUUUUCUACCGAAUGUAACUUGUUUUGUGGGUUCCCAAUAAAGAAUGGUUCGUGAGUGAUGA